AUGUCCGCGAAACCUAAAUCUCGCUGGGAGGAGGACACCGAGACCAGUGCUGCAGAACUCGCGCGUCUGAAAGCCGAAAAAGCCGCCCGCAAAGCCCUAAAAUCCCAACAGAAACAAAAACAACUCCAAUCGGCCGCCGCUGCCGCCUCCAUCGCCAGCAGCAACAGCGCGGCACCCGCCUCCCCGCCAGCAUCCAAACGACGAAAACUCGACCCCAGCGGCGAGUCCAAUGCCGGGGAUGGGAGAGAAACGGGGUUAAAACUCCUCCGCUUCAACGCCCCGGCAAUAACGCCCUGCGAGCAUGUAGACUGGUACGAGAGGCUGAACCAUAUCGAGGAGGGCUCUUAUGGCGUUGUCUCUCGAGCGCGGGACUCGCGCACGGGCGAGAUCGUCGCGUUGAAGAGGUUGAAGCUGGAGAGGGAGACGGACGGGUUUCCCAUUACUAGUCUUCGCGAGAUUCAGACGCUUAUGGCGGCGCGGCAUGAGAAUGUGGUUAAUCUGCGGGAGGUGGUUGUUGGGGGGACGCUAAAAGAGUACUUCUCUCUUUAUUUUUUAUCUAUAAUUUUUCUUGCUUUACAUCGCGGUAUUUGGCUAAUGAUAAUAACGCUAGUGUGUUUAUAGUAAUGGACUUUAUAGAACACGAUUUGAAAACCCUCUCGGAGGAGAUGCAGGAGCCAUUCUUGCAAUCUGAGGUCAAGACGUUGAUGCUACAGCUUGUAUCUGCUACAGCACUGAUGCAUAGUCGGUGGAUUGUGCAUCGCGAUUUGAAGACCUCUAACCUGCUCAUGAAUAACCGCGGGCAGAUUAAAGUCGCGGACUUUGGACUUGCGCGGUAUACCGGCGAUCCAAUGCCGCCGUUGACACAAUUGGUUGUUACGCUGUGGUACCGAUCGCCGGAAUUACUUCUUGGUGCGAAAGAAUACGGGACUUCGGUUGAUAUGUGGAGUAUUGGAUGUAUCUUUGGAGAGCUUCUGCUAAAGGAGCCAUUAUUAAGGGGGAAGAACGAGGUGGAGCAGUUAGCCAAGGUCCGCUCCCCCUUCUCCUCCCCCCUGGGUAGACUAGAACUAACAAAAGCCAGAUCUUUGACCUCUGCGGCACCCCAACAGACACUAGUUGGCCAACCUUUCGCAAACUCCCCAACGCGAAAUCCCUCAAAAUCCCGAAAUCGAACGUCCCGCCUCAGUCGAAAAUCCGCACAAAAUUCCCUCUCCUUACCUCCCUAGGGAUCGAUUUGAUGUCCCGCCUGCUAACGCUCGACCCCGCGCAGCGGAUCUCGGCGGAAGAGGUUCUAAAGCACCCCUACUUCAAAGAGGAUCCUAGGCCGAAGAGCGCAGAAAUGUUCCCGACGUUCCCUAGUAAGGCUGGUCAGGAGAAGCGGCGGCGGAGGGACAGUCCGAGCGCACCAGUUAGAGGCGGGGAGGCACCGAGUUUAGGAGAUUUGGGAGAUUUGGGGGGGUUGUUUGGCGGGAGGGAGGAGGAGGCUGUUGGCGCUGGGUUUAGUCUCAGGAUGGGGAGGUAGUAGUAAUGAUGUGUGAAACGUUAUUAAUGUUGGGGGGUGUGGAUAGUUUCCCUUAACUGACGGAGAAAUGCAUGGUGCUGUCUAGAUAAUAGAAUACAUUCAAACACCGGUGUGUGUUAUCCCCUGC